GAUCACGUGGCCACAGGAACGUUGUCACAUGAUUCUCUCAACAUUCUCGCACUUCCGGUGGAAUUGGAGCUGACAGAGGGUGUUUCAGAGGAUUACUGUCUUGCGGUUUGUCGUGGAGGAAAUACAGUCGCUGCAGAUCAUGGAGUUUCCUCAGCAUUCUCAGCAGCUGCUGUCAGCUCUGUGCUCCCAGCGGCAGCGUGGCUUCCUGUGUGACUGCACCGUCCUGGUGGGAUCAUCCUGUUUCCAGGCUCAUCGUGCUGUUCUGGCCUCCUGCUCACCUUUCUUCCACAUGUUUUACUCUGAUUCUCUCGCUAGCACCAGUGCAAACUCUUCCAACGGCUUUGUCACACUUGACAGUGACAUUGUCACGGCAGCCGCCUUCAGCCUGCUCCUGGACUUUGUUUAUGAAGGGGUGCUUCAACUGGAGAAGUCUCCACCGGUGGAGGAUAUAUUAGCAGCGGCUAGCUUCCUGCACAUGAACGAGGUGGUGAGGGUGUGCAAAAGGAGACUCCAAAGACGAGGCCCUCUGGCUGAGGCGGAUAGCACUCGCUCUGAGGAGAACACUGGGACAAGGAAGCCAAUAGAAACACUGAGCCGGGAUGAGGGGGAUGGUGGACCUGAGUCUGUGGUAACCAUGGCAGCAGAUCACUUGAAUUCCAUUGCCAUGACAACAUCCCUCUCAUCUGUGUGCGUCACAGCAGGACAGAGUACAUUGGAGUCUGUCAAGUCUGAGUACAGGGUUGAUGGGGGUUCAUCGGAAGCACAAGUUAAGACUCCCCCAAGUCCUGAUCUCGCUGACACCACGCAGCCUGGUAUGGAUGCCUCUUCUCUGUUACCCCGUGGAGACUUGGUGCAAGGACCCGCUGUGGGACAGUCUACCCAAGAAUCAGGAGGUUCCAACAGAAUGAGCAUAACCAGUCACGGUGAUGCCUCAGCUCUCUGCAGUCCAUGCAGCACAACUGAGACAUACAGUACCAGCCAGCAGCCUUCCUCAUCUUCCCUGGUUUCAGAUGUCCACGCUAGCUGUCCACCAGUGGUUGGUCACCAAUCAGAAUUCUACACCUCAUCAGGACACCAACUGGCCCAUGACAAGGAAACUCGAAUAGGAACUUCAGACUGUGAUCGCAAAGGUACAACAGGGGGAGAGCAACACACAGUCAUGGUGGUGCAUGCACAAAAGGAGUUGACACUUUCCCAUUCACAUUCCCAAUUUCAAAACCAGAGCCCCAGCUCACUCCGAUGUGGAGGCCAGAACUCCACGCCUCAGACUCCUCAAAUUGUGGGUGCCCCUGAGAUGGAGACCAUAGGAAGAGCUCACCCUCUUAUAAGAUUACCGAGUGUGGACGAUAACGGUGACACUUCGAAAGUCAAAGUGGAGGCUAUUGUUAUUUCUGAUGAGGAACAGGAGGAGGAAAAAAGGGAAUGCAAAGCGAGCAAGUCAGUGAUUGAAGUAGACGAGGACUUCGAAGAUGACAUCCACGAUGAGGAGCUGAACACACUCUCCUCCCGCCAAAUAACUUCUGACUACACCUUUGCUCUCUCCCCAUCAUCCGCUUCUUCACUGGCUGCUACGUUCAUUUCUCCACCGUCCACGACACAGCAACACUCGGACCAGGCACCCUUUUUAACAGACUUCCAAGACACUACAGGAGGCACUGUGGAGGAUGUCCCGACCUGCUGCGUCUGUGGCAAAACGUUCUCAUGCGCGUACACGUUAAGACGCCACGCCAUCGUGCACACGAGAGAGCGCCCCUAUGAGUGCCGCUACUGCUACCGCAGUUACACGCAGUCGGGAGAUCUCUACCGACACAUUCGCAAGGCUCACGACCAGACAUCGCUACCAAAACGCAGUAAGACCGAUGUGGAGAACCUGCAACGAACACAACCACCACCACCACCACUUAGCUAAUAAACAUCAAUUCCUUCUAUUUUUAUUCCACUUUUCCCAUUGAGUGUCAUGAGGCAGCUGGAGCAAAAGGCGGUGUAACAUUCUGGACUGGUCGCUAGUCAAUCACAAUGGACAUAUGGAGACAAACAACUCUUCUCACCUAUAUUUACACCAUCAUUGUGUGGGAAUUGAACCCACACUACCAGCUAACUGCGACAGAAUCAGUGACUCAAGACUCCCUAAAGUAGUAAGUCCAAUUUAACCCCUAAAUCUAAUUUAUCAAUCCUUGUAUUGAAUCUUAUUAGUCCCUGUAGGGGUCCCAAACUGGGCCUAAUAAAAUGUCUAUAGAGGGUGUGUGUACAGGGACUAUGCUUCUGGUGAGAUAAAAUUUCUUUUGUUUAAAUAUGAUGAAAAAUAUAUGUCAUAUUUUUCAGACUAUGUCGCAGUUUUUUUCAUAGUUUGGCCCAGGGUACGAUUUAUUUUCCAGAGUGAUUUAAAUGUGAAAUUAUUAACACAUUACAUCCAUCCAUCCAUUUUCUGAUUCGCUUAUCGGUUAUUUUCCCACUGACAACCGUAAGACAGUGCUCUAGGUCUAGGUCUUAUAACAAGUGAGAAGGACUGAACAAAAAUGCUAUUGAAGAGAAAAUUAUAUUCUGCAGAUUAUUUUAAAUAUCAUUGUUAUGAUAUUGCUAACCAAUGAUGACAAAAGUACUUCUUACCGUGAAUGUGACUUGUGGUGCUUCAUACGUCGUUAGAUUAAGCUUCAUGCAGCCGUUGAGACUACCGUCCGUUUAUCGUAAAUGUAAUUCAAUUUUAUUUGCCGUCAUGAUGGUGAACAGUUCUUUCCAACAAAGGCAUAUCUUUUUUCGUUUGAUUAUCUUGUUUUUUAUGUGAAGUUGGCAAAAUGUUUAUUGAGAUCGAGGACGAAUGCUUUGGCAUAGUCCCCAUCUGUGAAUGUUGACACACAGCAGAACCCUCCUGCUCCACAAAAACUGUCCAUUCUUGUUGAAAACUUCGGUGGUACUCAGAUUUUUUUCUUUGAGUGACCUUUGUCAAAAGUGUUUCCAUAAUUAUGUAGUUGUUCCGACACGAUCGGCGUUUGACCCUAAGCCUGUGGACUACACCAACCUUACUAGGACAAACUGUCUCUCCGUCAUUUCUGUUGCCUGCCGCCCCAAACUACGGCAACCCCGCUAGGACAAACCUCCUCUGCGUCAUUGGCAUUGCCCACCUGAGAGAAAUCGCAUGUACAGUAUGUCGUUAUGAGGGCUCCGCGACCCAUAUGCAACCACCAAAGGAGCCAGGUAUGGCUCGCGAGCCAUAGGUUCCCAACCCCUGUCGGUGUGGGAGCAGUGACGGAUGGAGAGCACAGCUUCCGGCUGAAUCUGCCAUGCAACUUUUCGGGAAGUCAUUGGAUGGCUCCACAAAGUAUGGGCUUUCAUGACAACCAAAACCAUCAUGUCGGGAUUCAGAAAGGCUGGAAUAGGCGAGUUGUAACUGCAACCGACAAUGAAUCUGAUGUAAGCGGCACGUCGUCUACCUCUGGAGUUGGCAGACUUGUUUAGAAGUGACACCAAGGAUGAAGAUUUCAUUGGAUUUUAGCCAGGUAUUUGGAGUGACUCGAAUUGUUUAGGUAAACGUCUUACUAUAUUAUUUAUGGUAUAGUUAUCGGAAUAACUCUUAAUGUGUUAACAUACCAGGCACGUUCUCAGUUGUGUCAUGUAACAUAAGCACACGGUUCAGGCUGUUGUUGCCACUAUUCUACUUUUAAAUGUUUCAUCAUUUAAAUUUUAAAUGACAUGUCUGUUCUUGGUGUUGGAUUUUAUCAAAUAAAUUCCCCCAAAA